AUGUCGACCAACGCCUCGGAUCUCUUAUGUACGGCAUCGACCUUUGCAUCGAUUCUACCCGCCAACGCAACGGUUGAGAAAAUCGACUGGGUUUCUUCAGGAAGCUCGUAUGGGGAAGGGACUUUGAAUGCAGGCUACCCUACCAAUGCAACAAACUUGCCUGCCUUAUGCGCUGUCACAAUCAAUGUAACCUCUCCGCAGAGCUCGGCCUAUCGGUUCGGCAUUUUACUUCCGCAAAACUGGAACUCGAGGCUGCUCACUGUGGGAAAUGGCGGAUACGCAGGCGGCAUCAACUGGGUUGAUAUCGCCGCAGGGUCCCGGUACGGUUUCGCUGCCCUCUCCACCGACACUGGUCACAACUCCUCGGCAUCAGAUAUGACAUGGGCAUUAUAUCAACCGGAGAAAAGACUCGAUUGGGGUUGGCGGUCUGUUCAUGGAUCGGUGGAGUUAGGAAAGAAGUUGGUAGCUGCGUACUACUCCAAACCAGCCUCUUAUUCGUACUACAGCGGAUGCUCGACCGGCGGCCGCCAGGGUAUGAGGGAAAUGCAGAAUUUCCCUCAGAGCUUUGACGGUGUCAUGGCUGGCGCCCCGUCUUGGUGGCUGAAUGGCAUCGUCAGCUGGCUUGCCAAGGUUAGCCAAUAUAACUGGCCGGCCGACACCCCGGCACACAUUGAUUGGAAACAGCUGCCCGGACUCGCAACAGCAGUGAUGAAACAAUGCGAUGGGGUAGACGGUGUUACUGAUGGCAUCAUCAGCGACCCUCGCAAAUGCACGGUCGAUUAUUCUGCUCUCACGUGUGGCAAUUCCAAUGCCAACUCGUCGACUUGCCUGACUAGCCCGCAGAUUGACCUUCUCAAGAAGGUGUAUGAGGACUAUGUAACCGAGAGCGGAGUCUAUGUUUAUCCUGGACUGAUCACUGGCACCGAGAGCGGCAUGGCAUCUGUGUUGAACGAUUCGACAGGAAAUCCGUAUGGCUUGGGAUACGUACGAAACUUUCUCGACAUGGCGAAUUUCACGAUAGAUCAGUACACAGACAGCAUAGCACUUCAAGCACUUGAACUGGAUCCCGGUCAACCGAUGGCAGAUAUCUACGAUAUAUCUCAAUUUAAAGAUCGUGGCGGCAAGUUCGUUUUGUACCAAGGGUUGGCAGAUCCCCUUGUACCAGCCAAAGGAUCCAGUCUCUACUACGAUCGCCUGGUCCAAACGAUGGGCACAAAUGUCAGCGGAGAAUUCUUCCGCUAUUUCGAGAUUCCUGGCAUGGAUCAUUGCUCCGGCACGGGGGUGGAUGCGCCAUGGCAUGUUGGUCAAGUUGCGGCCAGCGAUAGUUACUCGGUCUCUGGAUUCGAGGAUGCUCAGCACGACCUUUUGCUGGCUCUUGUUGACUGGGUCGAAAAGGACAAGCCCAUCCAGAGCAUAGUGGCCACAACAUGGAAGUCGCCAUUGAACACCUCCUCUGGCGUUCUAAGGCAGCGUCCCAUUUGUCCGUACCCACAUGUAGCUUCGUGGACAGGGGUUGGAGAGAUCAACCAGCCAACAGGUUGGACUUGUCGCCCCAACGCCGCCGCCACCACACCUGCGUUGACGAGCGGUGUGGGAAUAGAGAUGGGUGUGAUGCAUCAUUGGAUCAGCUUCAUGGCCCUGAUUUUGGUUUUUUUCACUACCUUCUAA